AUGAAGAUCAUACUUUGGCCUGCGACUAAGCAGCAAAAGGAAAUUCCUAUCCCUCAACAAUUCCAUGAGGGAUAUCUUGACAAUAUGGAAUUUUGGGCCUCUGAUGACGAAACUGCAACUGCAGCCAUUAAAUUCAAGGAUCGAGAACAAGUUCUAAGAUUGAUAAGUGCCAAAUAUCUUCUUCGGUUCAGAGAGAGGGAUAUCUGGACUCUUGGUCUUCAUCAGAUCAUUUAUAGAAAAUACAUCAUGGAAGUUGUUGCUAAAGAAUUCAUAAUUAUCAAUGGAAAAAUAUGGAUGGCCUCGAUGGGAAGAUCGGAUCUAAAGUUGUAUGAGAAGCCAGCCGAGAAGCCAAACGAAUGA